UAUUUUUAUUGGAUUGUUCGUGUGGCGACGAACACGGCACAUAAAGUAAUCAAUGACAUCGAAAUCACAGCUCAAAGCAUCGCUUCAGUUUCAGUCGGACGGUUGCAGGAAAAUCAUAGUUGGCAUUUAAACACAACUUUUUGACGAUUCAAUUGAAUUUUUUGAUUUAUCAUAUAAAAAUGAGUAAGAUUUUCAUUUCGAUCGCAGUAUGUGCACUGUUUUUGGUUUCGUCUAUUGCUUUGGAAUUCAAAGAUUGCGGUUCGGAAGGGGGCAAGUUCACCAAAGUUAAAGUCUCCAAUUGCGAUGAAACAGCAAAUGCUUGCGUGCUCAAACGUCAUACGAAUGCAUCGAUAGAAUUGGAUUUCGCUUUGGAUGAGGGUGUCGACAAUAUUGAACAAGUGACGACUGUUGUGCACGGAGUCAUUAUGGGUGUUGAAAUGCCGUUCCCAUUACAAAAUCCAGAUGCGUGCAAGGAUAGCGGUGUCCAAUGUCCACUGAGAAAUGGCGUCAAUUAUGAAUAUGUGCAAACGCUGCCGGUGUUGAGAUCUUAUCCAAAGGUGAGCGUUACCGUCAAAUGGGCAUUAAAAGAUAUCGCAGCCAACAAAACCAUCAUUUGUGUGUAUAUUCCGGCCAGAAUCGAAUAAAUAACGAAGCGAUGGCAAUCAUGUGUGUCGUUCGCCAAAAUAUCUCAUCUCAAUGUCAUGAGGUCAAUCGUUCAAUUUAAUCACUAGAACAUGCAAACAACUGCUGUAAACAUUCUUUAUCGGAAAUAAAACAAUCUCAUAGUCAUACUAUUUGAUUACUAAGACCAACGGUUUGUUUAUAUUCGAA